UAAGAGAGGCAGCACCUGUCAAAAUUUAUAAAUAAACAAUUGUUAAGUUACACAAACAGAAACAGUAAAUGCGUCAAACAAGUGCAAAUAAGAAAAAAAAAGCUAAUUAUUAUAGUAACUAAUUAUUAACAAUGGAUGAAGAAACAUUAAACAGAUUAGCUGCAGAAGCAUUAAUUGAAGAAGCUAAAAUAGGAGCAAAAAGAGCCGAAGUGAUGGGUCCAAGUGGAUGGGUAAAGCCUAGAGAAACAAUCAAUAAACGAUUUCUGCAUUCAACACUGCGUAAUGCAAUAAUAUCAAACAAACACCGACACAAAGAGAGUAAGGACCGGGACAGUUCAAAGUCACGUAAAAAAAAUUAAUAAAAAUAACGCUAGCUUAAGAAAUAUUUCAUCUAAAUUUAUUUUUUCUAUAAAAAAGAUAAAAUAACAAAUUGUU